UCGCUGUGAAGACCAUGCAGCAGCCAAACAUCUUGCUCACCGGUACACCAGGGGUUGGAAAAACCACACUAGGCAAAGAACUUGCAUCAAGAUCAGGACUGAAAUACAUUAAUGUGGGUGAUUUAGCUAAAGAAGUUUGAUCAUCGGAUAUCAUGGAGUCUGCCAAGGUGACUUCUCCCAAGAGCAUGCCGAAAGACGCACAGAUGAUGGCACAAAUCCUGAAGGAUAUGGGGAUUACAGAAUAUGAGCCAAGAGUUAUAAACCAGAUGCUGGAGUUUGCCUUCCGAUAUGUGACUACAAUUCUAGAUGAUGCAAAAAUUUAUUCCAGUCAUGCCAAGAAAGCAACUGUCGAUGCAGAUGAUGUGCGUUUGGCAAUCCAGUGUCGUGCCGACCAAUCUUUUACCUCUCCUCCCCCAAGAGAUUUUUUACUAGAUAUUGCAAGGCAAAGAAAUCAGACCCCUUUGCCAUUGAUCAAACCAUAUUCAGGGCCUAGACUGCCACCAGAUAGGUACUGUUUGACUGCUCCAAAUUAUAGGCUUAAGUCCUUACAGAAAAAGACCUCUGCUUCCGCAGGAAGAAUAACCGUUCCGAGGCUAAGUGUUGGUUCUGUUACGAGCAGACCUAGUACUCCCACACUGGGCACACCAACCCCACAGCCCAUGUCUGUUACAACUAAAGUAGGAACGCCAAUGUCCCUUACAGGACAAAAGUUCACGGUGCAGAUGCCCACCUCACAGCCCCCGGCUGUAAAAGCAUCAAUUCCAGCAACAUCAGUUCAGAAUGUUCUGAUUAAUCCAUCAUUGAUUGGGUCCAAAAACAUUCUUAUUGCCACUAACAUGGUUUCGUCACAAAAUACUGCCAGUGAGCCAUCAAAUGCAUUGAAAAGAAAACGGGAUGAGGAUGCCGAUGAUGCUGAUGAUGAUGACGACGACUAUGAUAAUUUGUAAUCCAGCCUUGGUGCAUGUAAUGUCUUGAAUCCAUUGUACUUAAGCAUGCAUGUUGGAUGUUUUCUCAUGUCUUACAAAAUUAGCAUCUAAUAAGUAAAUAUAAUUGAGAUGUUUUUCUUUUCAUUUGAGAU